GGCCUCCCCAGCUGAAGAUGUCUAACAAUGGAGUUGAAACAGAAGACAAACCUCCUGCUCCUCCGAUGAGAAAUACCAGCACUAUGAUUGGAUCAGGAAGCAAAGACUCUGGGACUUUAAACCAUGGCUCAAAACCUUUGCCUCCCAACCCAGAAGAAAAGAAAAGGAAGGACCGAUUUUACCGAUCUAUUUUACCAGGAGAUAAAACAAAUAAAAAGAAAGAGAAAGAGCGGCCAGAGAUCUCCCUGCCUUCAGACUUUGAACACACGAUUCAUGUGGGGUUUGAUGCAGUCACGGGAGAAUUCACAGGAAUGCCGGAGCAAUGGGCGCGUUUACUGCAGACUUCCAACAUCACCAAGUCAGAGCAGAAGAAGAACCCUCAGGCAGUGCUGGAUGUGUUGGAGUUUUACAACUCAAAGAAGAUCUCAAAUAGCCAGAAGUACAUGAGUUUCACAGAUAAAACAACGGAGGAUUAUAAUUCAUCAAAUACAUUGAAUGUGAAGGCUGUCUCCGAGACUCCCGCAGUGCCCUCAGUGUCUGAAGAUGAAGAUGAUGAAGAUGAUGCAGCUCCACCCCCUGUGAUAGCUCCACGACCUGAACACACAAAAUCUAUAUACACCCGCUCUGUGAUAGAACCCCUUCCUCCUCCUACCAGAGAUGCGGCGACCUCUCCUAUUUCUUCUCCCUCGGAAAACAGCACAACGGUGCCUGACAUGCUGGCCAGGAACACAGAGAAACAAAAGAAAAAGCCAAAAAUGUCAGAUGAAGAGAUCUUGGAAAAAUUAA